UGUAAUUUUGAGGGCGAUUUUAACCUAGCUAGUUAAUCUGCUCUACAACAAAAAGUUGUCUUGCGUCUGACUGACUAUUUCUCCGGCCGUCGGCGUGACCUCCAGAAUGGAGAAGAAGUACGCCUCCGCCGGAAAACCUCCCCUCCCUCCAAGGCCAUACAACGGUGCAGAUACGGAGCUCUUUAAUCACUAUAUGAUAAAAUCCAGUGCUUCGGCCUUUAUACGUACGGUGAAGAAUGAGUACAAGCUCAAGGAAGAGUGGUCCGAAAAAUACAAUAAGAAUCUGGCUCAACUUGUGUUAAUCAAGCUUCGAUCUAGCCUAUCCGAUGAGCCCGAACCCGUACCAAAGGUUCGCAAUUAUGGUUCGUUGGAUGACGUUGCUUAUUUCUUCUCAACAAUUGUCCAGCUUCUCUUCAAGGUGGGGGGUAUGUGGUCUUAUGAGUAUAAUAACGAUCUUAUUCAAUUAGCGUUAAUCAAGCUUCGACCCAAUAACCCAGGUGCUGCUAAGAAGAAGCGUAAGCCAUUCAAAAAACCACUUUCUUUUCAUGUUCAUCAUGCUAGUGCUAGUGCUAGCCCCUCCAAGAAGCUCAAGGCUGGAUCAUACAAUAUUUAUAUAGUGUGACUCACAAUGUUAUAUUCUGCCCGAUCUUAAAUGUCGAUUUCAGUUUAACUUUUUCUUGUUUUAAAGGUUAGCUGGUAUUCUUCAACAAGUAGGAGUAUGAAGUAUUGUUAACUUUCUGUUCUGCUGCUAAUUCUCUUAUCAUUUUAAGAAUUAGAUGGUGGUAGCAUACAUGGAAUUCAUCAACCCGAGAGCAAGUGUUGUGUUCUGCUGUUAAUUCUCUCUGUGAUUUAUGUUAUUUUAAAUAGAGAGAAUGGAAAUUACUAUGUUUAUCUGUUUGUGCUGAAGCAGGGAUACAAACAUUG